AUGCAUUCUUAUAUUCGCCCGAACCAGCAUGCUCUUGUGCAGCUGCCGUCGGAUCAGAUCCGUAUCAUUAAACCUGUACCGAACACCAUAGUUUCAUUCGGCAAAUAUGGCAGCGUCCCUGCAAAUCAAAUCAUUGGGCGCCCCUUCUACCUCACCUUCGAGAUCCUAGAUACCCCGGAGCCUGAUGGGUACCAAUUGCGUGUCGUCUCAGCCACCGAGUUGCAUGCCGAAACCCUUAUCGAAGAGGCCGAGGCAGAUGCUGAUGGUGAUGAGACGGAAUCAGGCGCGGGAACCCCGAUGCGCACGAAUCAGAAGAUCGUCGACGAUGCCUCCACGCAACGGCUAACUUUGGAGGAGAUUGAAGAGCUGAAGAAGGAGGCUGGUGGGGCGGGCAGAGAAAUUGUCGCAAAACUUCUCGAGUCGCAUUCGGCUAUCGAUCAGAAGACUGCAUUUUCUCUCGCCAAGUACACAUUACGCAAGCGCAAGAAGUACAUCAAAAGAUUUACAGUGCUUCCACUAGACGUUAGUGGUCUCGCCAAUUAUUUACUGCAUGAGAAGGAUACAGGAAAGGGAAUGGAGUUGCGCGACGAGCACAUUGGUCUACUUGGAUGCUUGGGAAAUGUGCACCAUGGUGGACAGUCCUCAACUGAAUUGAUUCCUGAAGUGAAGCCGAAUGGUCGGUAUUUUGUGGUGGACGAGACGGGCGGUUUGAUUGUGGCCGCGAUGGCCGAGCGAAUGGGGAUUCUAUACCCCCAUGAUGAUGACGAGGAUGAGGAGUCAGCUGCAGUCGGCCAAGCCGCAGAACCCCGGGGCUUCACACCAAUUCGCCGCCGUCGCACUCGACCAAUGUCUGCAACAGGCAACACUCUAACCGUUAUCCACGCCCAGGCGCAACCCAACCUGUCACUCUUAAAAUAUUUUGGCUACGAUAUCAACCUCCCCGACGAAUCUCACCCACUCCACACCCACCUCAAGUCUGUUUCCUGGCUUCAGCUGAAGGAUCCCUCUCUUGACCCAAUCCUUUCCAACGAACCAACUGCGCUUCCUGCUGAAGAGUUGGCGGAAUUGAAACCCAGCAAGCGCACAGCCUAUUACUUCAAGCGCAAUCGGUGGGAGAAAGUGAAGGGCGUUACGGAUGAAGCUCGGGCAGGCGGUUUCGACGGUCUUGUCGUGGGUACUCUGCUUCAACCGGAGAGUGUCUUGCAACACGCCAUCCCUCUACUCUCCGGCUCGGCCUCUAUAUCCGUAUACUCGCCCUAUGUCGAGCCACUCGUCAAGUUAAUGGACUUCUACUCGACUGCGCGUAGGAGUGCCUUCAUCCUCCGGAAGCGGGAUUUGGAAUCACAGAAAACUGCCGACGGUGAGAUUGACAUGUCACCGCUACUGAAGGAGUUUGAGGUCGACCCGACUCAGCUUCUACCACCGACACUACACCGCUCCCGUGUUCGUGCCUGGCAAGUGCUGCCUGGUCGGACUCAUCCGCUGAUGACAAGUCGUGGCGGUGCAGAGGGAUACCUCUUCCACGCCGUGCGUGUCAUUCCCACUGCGGAACAUGUCCAGGCUGCUGGAACAUUCAGAAAGAAGCGCAAAGUGGAAACAACAUCCACCCCGACCAGUGACCGGGAUGUGGUCAUGUUGUCAUGA